CUUUCCUUUCUCUGGGGCGACAUCUUCGAAGCUCGAAGCACUUCGCUAUCUCCGCCAUUCUUUUUCUCUCUUUAAAGCUUCAUUCUUUCAGUUCUCCUCCUCACUUUUGGGGCUUCGAUUCUCUCUCUUACCCUCUCUCCGUUCGUCUCCAACAACCGCCAAUUUCCAUUCACCGGGGACAAUCCCGGUCACCAUGUCACAGUCUCUGCACCUCUUCACCCCGUCCACCCGGUCACCAUACCUCGCUUAUUCCACUUCGAAACAAUGUUAUCCCUACCAGAAACCCUCCUUUCCCAUUCUAACUCGCCGUUUCCCUCUUUCCACCGUUAAGCUCUCCAUCAGAGCCUCGUCCUCCUCCGAUCUCGACCCCACCUCCUCCCAAGUCGUACUAGCAUCCGAUAAUGGUAAAGGCGUCGUUGGAGGUGUUUUAUCCCCCGCGAUGCAACCUCCGCCAUCGCAGGAUUCGGGCUCCAUCGAGGUGGACGCGGUGACGGAGGCGGAGCUGAAGGAGAACGGAUUCCGAAGCACACGCCGGACUAAGCUGGUGUGCACAAUCGGCCCCGCCUCGUCCGGUUUCGACCAGCUUGAGGCCCUGGCCGUCGGCGGCAUGAAUGUGGCGCGCAUCAACAUGUGCCACGGCACCCGAGAGUGGCACCGCGACGUCAUCGAGCGCGUCAGGAGGCUCAACGAAGAGAAGGGCUACGCCGUCGCUAUUAUGAUGGACACAGAGGGCAGUGAGAUUCACAUGGGUGAUCUCGGCGGCGCUUCUUCCGCCAAAGCCGAGGACGGUGAGAUCUGGACCUUUAGUGUCAGAGCCUUCGAUUCCGCUCUUCCCGCACGCACCGUCAAUGUGAACUAUGAUGGCUUUGCCGAAGACGUGAAAGUGGGAGAUGAGCUUCUUGUGGAUGGUGGAAUGGUGAGGUUUGACGUUAUAGAGAAAAUUGGUCCAGAUGUCAAGUGCCGAUGCACCGAUCCUGGACUGAUGCUGCCUCGGGCUAAUUUAACUUUCUGGAGAGAUGGGAGUCUGGUGCGAGAACGGAAUGCUAUGCUUCCUACAAUUUCUUCUAAGGAUUGGUUGGAUAUUGAUUUUGGGAUUGCAGAGGGCGUUGAUUUUAUUGCCAUAUCUUUUGUCAAGUCUGCUGAAGUGAUUAAUCAUCUUAAAAGUUAUAUUGCUGCAAGGGCUCGUGAUAGUGACAUAGCUGUUAUUGCGAAGAUAGAGAGUAUUGACUCACUGAAGAACUUGGAAGAGAUCAUUCAAGCAUCAGAUGGAGCUAUGGUAGCAAGAGGAGAUUUGGGUGCUCAGAUACCUCUGGAGCAGGUCCCCGCGGCCCAACAAAGGAUAGUUCAAGUGUGCAGGCAGUUGAAUAAGCCAGUCAUUGUUGCCUCUCAGCUACUUGAAUCUAUGAUUGAAUAUCCUACACCCACCAGAGCUGAAGUUGCUGAUGUUUCUGAAGCAGUUAGGCAGCGAGCAGAUGCUUUGAUGUUAUCUGGUGAGUCAGCCAUGGGCCAGUACCCAGAGAAGGCAUUGGCUGUUCUGAGAAGUGUCAGUCUGAGAAUUGAGAGGUGGUGGAGGGAGGAGAAACGGCAUGAAAUUAUGGAACUCCCUGAUAUUGGAACUUCCUUUUCGGACAGUAUUUCAGAAGAGAUCUGUAAUUCUGCUGCCAAGAUGGCUAAUAAUUUGGAGGUGGAUGCACUUUUUGUCUAUACAAAGACAGGCCACAUGGCAUCUCUCCUCUCACGAUGCCGACCUGACUGCCCUAUCUUUGCUUUUACUGCCACAACGUCUGUGCGGAGGCGUUUGAACCUACAGUGGGGCCUGAUACCUUUUCGUCUGAGCUUCUCUGAUGAUAUGGAAAGCAACCUUAAUAAAACAUUCUCAUUGCUCAAGGCCAGGAAUUUAAUCAAAUCAGGUGACCUUGUCAUUGCCGUCUCAGACAUGUUACAGUCUAUCCAAGUUAUGAAUGUUCCUUGAAGACAAAAUUUAGUUUGCAAGGGUAGAUCCAUUCUUCCAGAUGGUAUUACCUGUCUCAACUGUUAUAUCCUUUGCCAUGGUUCCACAAUCUAGUAAGCCAUAGGAAGAAAAGAGUGAAUGAGUAAUCAUGAAUCAGUCCUUUCCUCCCUCCACUUGCCCCUGGAUCGUUCCGUUGCCGCAACUAUAGAUUCAGUAGAAUCUGAUUAGUUUUAUCAUUUUAUGCUACUUGAGCUUUGUAUGGAUCAUUUUUCCCAAAUGCACCUUUGUAUGGCAGAGAUAAAUCCCCUAAACGUUUCAUUUUUCAGCUUUGUGUUUGUGUUUACAAGGUAGUAUUUGUAUUCAGCUUGAUAUUUAUAUGUUUCAACAAAAAAGGUUUGGAAUACGAAUCAAGCAUCUUUAAGGUAA